GCCUCUGUGGGAAUCCGGGGUCUCUGGUUACCUACACCCCGGCUUCGCCUCCCAGCAUCAUGUCGGUGCGCACGCUGCCGUUGCUCUUCUUGAACUUGGGCGGGGAGAUGCUUUAUAUCCUGGACCAGCGGCUGCGGGCUCAGAACAUCCCCGGAGACAAGGCCCGCAAAGAUGAAUGGACAGAGUUGGACAGAAAACGAGUUCUGAAUGACAUCAUCUCUACCAUGUUCAAUCGGAAAUUUAUGGAGGAAUUAUUCAAGCCCCAGGAGCUCUACUCUAAGAAGGCUCUGAGGACUGUCUAUGACCGCCUGGCCCACUCCUCUAUUAUGAGACUCAACCAGGCCAGCAUGGACAAGCUCUAUGACCUAAUGACAAUGGCUUUCAAAUACCAAGUGUUGCUGUGUCCCCGCCCCAAGGAUGUGUUGCUGAUCACUUUCAAUCACUUAGAUGCCAUCAAAGGAUUCAUACAAGACUCGCCAACUAUCCUUUAUCAAGUGGAUGAGACCUUCCGGCAGCUGAUGGAUAUAUAUGGAACCCUCUCUGCUGGAGAAUUCCAGCUGAUCCGGCAGACGCUCCUCAUCUUCUUUCAGGACCUGCACAUCCGGGUGUCCAUAUUCCUCAAGGAUAAAGUUCAGAAUUCUAAUGGGCGCUUUGUGUUACCAGUGUCUGGGCCUGUUCCCUGGGGGACUGAAGUUCCCGGACUUAUCAGAAUGUUCAACAGCAAAGGCCAAGAGGUGAAGAGGAUAGAAUUCAAGCACGGUGGAAGCUAUGUUUCAGCCCCAAAAGAAGGUUCUUUGGAACUCUGUGGAGACCGAGUUCUGAAACUAGGAACUAAUAUGUACAGUGCAAAUCGGGCCGUGGAGACCCACACAUCUGAAACAUCACAUAGCAUGGCUGCACAGACACAGGAGAGCCUUGUUCCCAACCCUCUUGCUAAAGAGGAACUGAACUUCUUGGCCAGGCUGAUGGGAGGAAUGGAGAUUAAGAAAUCCAGUGGCCCUGAGCCAGGAUUCCGGUUGAAUCUCUUUACCACUGAUGAAGAGGAGGAGCAAGCUGCUCUAACCAGACCUGAAGAGUUAUCCUAUGAAGUCAUCAACAUACAGGCAAUCCAGGACCAGCAAAGGAACCAAGAGCUGGCACGGAUCAUGGGCGCAUUUGAGCCCAUGGAACAGCAGAAACAGAGUGCCAGCAAGGGGGAUGAUUUGCUUGCCAUGAUGGAUGAGUUAUAGCAGUAUGUACCGUGCACCCUCUCCCCGUCAGGGCGAGGCUGCCUGAAUCUGAGCCCCAGGGAAGGCCCAGGGUUCAGAACACUCUUCUAGACUCAAAGUUAUUCCCUGCCAUCCUGUUUCUGCUGUAAGAACUAUGGGAGACCUCGAAAGCAGACUUCUUGGAGGCACACACCAAACUCUCAGCAAAAUAUACCCUGACUUUUAAAUAGAA